UUUUUUUUUUAUUACAACAAUGCCACCCAAUUACAACCAUGGGCAAACAGAAACAAUAGAGUUAUUAACACCGGGAGAUGAUCUCGAAGAUCAGAAAAGACAUUUACAUUCUCGAAGAGGAUCAGCAUCCUCAUUUAUACACUUUAAAGCACCUCAACAAAAAGAAGAAGUUCUAUUACCUCAUGGCAAUAAACUUGCUUCACAAGCGUUACCGUCUUUAUUAAUUUGUGUGAUCGGCCUCAUAGUAGCAGGUUGGAUGAUGGAUGUAUAUCAACAUUGGGAUGUCUUUACAAAAGUAUCAGAAUUAUUUAUUCUAGUACCCGUGCUAUUAAACUUGAAGGGGAAUUUAGAAAUGAAUUUAGCAGCUCGAUUUUCAACUUCGGCUAACAUGGGAGACUUGGAUCAUCCAUAUACAAGAAAUACAUUAGUUUGGGGUAACUUGGCUUUAAUACAAGUUCAAGCACUCGUAUCAGGUUCAAUAGCGGGUAGUUUCAGUGUUUUAUUAGGUAUUUUAACGCAACCUUUAUCAGUUAUUACUGUGAGUGAAUGUAUUUUGGUCAUCACAAGCUCAAUGGUAUCUGCUGCUGUGUCUAGUUUUGUUCUAGGCUUAUUUAUGUGCUUGUUGAUUAUAAUAAGUCGAAUGAUGAAAAUAGAUCCAGAUAAUAUUGCUUGUCCAAUGGCUUCAUCAUUAGGCGACGUUGUUACACUCGGUAUUUUAGCAGGGUGUGCCAAUCUUUUAUUAGCUCAUUUAGAUACAUAUCUAAGUACACUGUUACUCAUUAUUAUGUUUUGCUCUAUUCCCUUUUUUGCUUUUUUCGUUUGGAAAAAUUCUUUUGUAAAAGAUUUAUUAUUUUCUGGCUGGACACCUCUCAUUAUUGCCAUGUUAAUAUCAAGCGGAGCUGGUCUUGUAUUAGAAAAAUAUGUUGAAAAGUUUAAAGGAUUAGCCAUGCUAACUCCUAUUUUAUGUGGUCUGUCAGGUAAUUUAGGCUCCAUUUAUGCUUCUCGAAUAAGUACAUGUCUUCAUCGUGGUAUUCAAGAACAAUUCAAGACAGUAGAAGGCACUUUAUUAUUAAUGAAUAUACCCGUACAAAUCUUAUUUUUGAUGAUUAUUUGGAUAUUGGAUAUUGGACACUUAGAUUUUACAUUAGCGUUUGGCAUAGUUUAUCUUUUUGUAUCUAUGCUUUGUACAUAUAUUGCAUUGAAAAUGGGAAAAUCAAUGACACUCACUUUUUGGAAAUACAAAUAUGAUCCUGACAAUUAUGUUUUACCUUACUUAACUGCAAUUAUUGAUGUUAUUUGUACCAGUUUACUAGUUGUUUCUUUUUCAUAUUUAAAUGCUAAUGGACAUGCUUCAUUGCAUGAAGACAUGAAAGCUCAAUAAUAUAAAAAGGAAAAAAAAAUGUAUAAUAAAUAAAUAUAUAAUGGCUAUAAUGUCCACU